GGAACGAGUGGAAGAAGCCCUUUCCAGGCUCUUCCCAUGCCAAGGGAAUUGUCUUGGAGAAAAUUGGAAUUGAGGCGAAGCAGCCCAACAGUGGAAUCUGAACGUGCUGCCGUGUGCAGCUCAUCAAGGACGGAAAGGAAAUUGCUGGUUUUGUGCCUAAUGAUGGUUGCUUGAACUUCAUCGAGGAGAAUGACGAAGUCGUGAUCUCUGGAUUUGGAAGGAAAGGACACGCCUGGAGUAUGAAUCAACAAAAUAGAGACUGGUCGUAGUUGUGCAAAACCGACUCUAUGGCGGGUCCGGCAGUGCGAGCCGAAGGCGAAGGGUUCUUGAUGGGCAUCGACCUGGGAACGAGCACCUGUUGUGUCGCAAUUUACCAUGGCGACAGAGUGGAAAUCGUCCCGAACAGGAUCGGUUCUCGAAUCACGCCAUCCUAUGUGGGUUUCAGUAAAAAGGAAUGCCUUAUUGGGAAUCCCGCUUGUAAUCAUAGUUUCCGGUGUCCGAAGGAAUGCAUAUAUGAGGUGAAGCGGAUGAUGGGGCGCUCCUUUCUUGAUCCCGACAUCCAGAGAUUCAAGGAGAGCUGGCCUUUCCAAGUGGCAGAGGGACGGGACGGCGGUGUGCUCAUCCAGGUUCCAAAUGAAGCGGAGGGACACUCAUCUUUCGAACCAGAGGAGAUUUCUGCGAAGUUGCUCGCAGAAAUGAAGCACAUAGCCGAGGUCUUCGGUGGCGUCGAAGCAAUCACUGAUGCUGUCAUCACCGUUCCCGCCUACUUCAACGAUAGGCAGCGGGAGGCGACAAAAAAAGCCGGCUUUCGGGCAGGACUGAAUGUGCUCAGACUGAUCAAUGAGCCGACGGCCGCGGCCGUGGGGUACGCGCAUCAACGGGUAUUAGGGUUAUUGGAGACUAACGAGUCGAGAAGAGUCAUGGUGUUUGAUCUGGGAGGGGGUACGUUCGACGUGUCGAUCAUCACUCUGUCCCUCCGCGAGGACGGCACUUACAGCUGCCGUGUGAACAUGGUCGAAGGGGACCCUUGUCUAGGGGGCGCGGACUUCGACAGGAGGAUUGUCCAGCACGUGGCGAGGAUUGUCAAGGAGAGAACUGAGAUCGACGUUUUCAAACCAGAUGACAACAGUAGGCGGUUGUAUGCUAAGUUGAGAGAAGCAGCCAUUGAAGCAAAGCGCACUCUUUCUGCGUACAUGGAGGCGGAAAUAUACUUGGAAGGAGUCAUUACCUUAAUGCUAGACCGGGGGACAUUCGAGGCAAUCAAUGAAGAUCUAUUUCGCAAGUGCAUCGCGAUAGUAGAGAAGGCUUUAGUGGCGGCGCGUCUCCGACGGACUGACAUCUCGGAUGUCGUGUUGGCGGGAGGAUCGACUCGCAUACCCAGGGUGAAACAGCUGCUCCGCGAUUUUUUUGGAUCUGAGCCCAGGGAAACUGUCCACGUUGAAGAAGUAGUGGCGUACGGUGCGGCGAUUCAUGCCGCUGCCAUCGUUUCGCAGCAGAGGGAGAGUAUAGCCGGGGACAUAGAGGUUCUGGACGUGACACCUUACAGCAUCGGCAUCGAGCUGGCGUGUGACGAAAUGGCUGUACUGAUCUCCAAGACCUCGGAUGUUCCAGCGAAAGGCGAGAAGCAGUUUGCGUUAUCUCAUGACAAUCAGACGAGCAUGCGUUUCGCGAUUUACGAAGGUGAGAGUGCUUUCUGUAGUCAUAACUACUUCUUGGGAGAGUUGAGAGUGUCGGGCUUCGAGCCUGGCCUCGCGGAUGGCGUACCGGUGGUAAACGUUAUCCUGAAUAUCGAUGAGCACGGACUUCUUGUCGUGGAGGCUGAGCCGACUGCCAGGCACAGCCAGCGUGGAAGGACCUGGCAAGCGGGCUUCAGCAGGGGUGUCGCUAAGUCCAGGAAUGGUAUUGAAUCCUUACAAAGCUCCAUGGAAUCCGAAACGGAUGAUGCAGCUGUAAGGGAGUGCUUCGCCGCGCGAGCACGUGUGCAAAGACUAGCGUGGAAGAUCCGAGACGAUAAUCCAUCCCCUGCUGCACUCUCCAGGGUGAAUGAAGUUCUGGGUUCCCUUCGCACUGAGGCACAGCGUGAGGGACAGGACGAGAUGGUGGGAACGCGGCUGUCUCCAGAGAAGCGGAUGAGGGAACGGAGGGCAUUCUGCCAGUCUGAGAGCGGCAAGCCGUUCCAAAGGCGCCGAGGCGGUGGCAUGUCGAGGGCAUUAGGCAAAGGUGCGUUGAAAGAGAUGUUCGUUCUCGAGGAGGGGGAGGAAGAAGAGGAGGAGAAGAAGGAGGAGGAGGAGAAGAAGGAGGAGGAGGAGAAAGAAGAGGAGGAGGACAAGGAGAGGGAGGAGUAGAUGUUUGACGUUCACAAACAUGCCCAAAAUUGGGGUGCGCGCAUCGCCUGCGCAUGGCAUUCCCCGCCAUAACAAAAAAUAAAAUAAAAUAAGGAAG